AACAACUAACAGAAUCUAAUCAACUAAAUGCAAAAUUAAAGAAUCAAUACAUAAAUAAUGAAAAAUGGCUAAAGAGAAGAAUAAGGAAAAACCGAUCUGUCAUUCAUCGCCCAGACUUGAUUUAUGGUCAAAUAUUUGUACAGCAUACGGUUGAUGGGCACUAAAGAGGAAAAAGUAACCAAGGAGGGGUUGGAUCAAGUGGUAAGUGACUUGUUUCAGCUUAAGUAAGGUCUUAAGUUUGAGACCUUAUGUACGCAGCAGUCCUCGUUGGGAGACUUACCCACUAUUUUCAAGUGCGCGAUCCGGGCCGAAUCCGAAUUACUCGAAGCGAAACUCCGUAUACCGAGCAGGAAACUAAAAAAAAAAAAAAAAAGGAAAAAGUAAAGUUGAGCACCUCGUGCUCAACAAAGCUAUACAUUUCUAGUACUGCUUUGGCAUUGAAUUUCACUUCCGAUGCACUCAUUUCUUUCCUGUCUGGUCUCAUUAGAAUUUGGAGCUGUUGGUCCACAAUCACAUGCUAGAACAGAGAGCAAUCAAUUCAUGACUUUGCAUAAUUGCACUAUAGCAAGCUUUUUCCGAGGGUAACUCGUUAGAGUCGUUGGCCUGCACUAAUGGUUCUAGUGGGAACAAUAGAAUGACAGAUAAAUGAGGUGUAAUUUUUUUUAAAGAGGGCAAUUAGUACAUAUUAAUGGUACUCGAAAAAUAGGAAAAGAGAUGUCACGGAGUUGGAAUAUAUAACUAGUGACUGUAGCAAGUAAGCUGGAAUGGAGGAUCAUAAGUGAGGCAUCCUGAAAAAAACAAAGAGAGGGUAAAUAGAGUAACAGAAGGAUU